AUGACCGGAACCGAACCCCCAAGUGUGUCUCCGGAUGUUCUUGAUGCGAUUGCCGAGCAGCGGAGGCUCAGGAAAGAGCAGAGGAAGGAAGCCCUCGCGAGGGAAAUAGAGGAGAGGAGCCGCAUUCUGCCCAGAGGAUGGGUUACAGUACAAGAAGCACCCACUGCAGGACAGCAGCUCAGGGUCAUGACCUGGAAUCUCUUGGCUCAGAGUCUCGUCCGUCGUGAGCUAUUCCCAACGAGUGACUGUCUUAAGGCCGCUCAACGCGAGAACAUGAUCUACCAUAGGCUGGAAAAGCUGUUACCAGUCCUCGAGGGUGCCGGAUACGUUUGCGCCUAUGCUGCGGGACCUCGCAAGAAGCACGGAUGCGCAUAUAGACUUGUCGGCGAGAGGAUGAUAGAGUAUGACCUUCAAGAGAUCCGUCAAGGCGCGAAUGAAGCAGCUAGGCGUGGUAGUAGCUUCCGCACGAGGAACAUCGCGUCUUUGGUCGCGCUGCAACGGGUUGAUUUGCCCUCGGAAGGCAUUGUAGUGGCAACAACUCAUCUGUUCUGGCACCCGUCACAAGCUGCUAUACUGCUUCGAGAAGUGCAUAAGUUCCGCGAUGAAAUAUCGCCACUGGAGAGCCGCUGGCCCUGCAUCAUCGCUGGCGAUUUCAAUUUCCCACCAGACGACGCCGCAUACUCUCUGUUCACAGGUGAUCCAUUGUUGUCCGAACAAGAAGUACGGCUGGCCACCUCGCGCGUCGUUCACAAGACGAUCGAUCCUGACGUUCCUGCGGCGCCUGAAGCGGCAACCAGGGAGACAGAAGAAGACGAGGGCGCUGCGGCCACAGAGACCGACCCAGACCGAAUCAUCACGAACGCACGGCCUGCUCUUCCCGUGGAUGGCCUCCUAACAAAUGUUGAGCUAGCUGAUAUGCUCCGACAAUAUGACAGGCCAUUGAGUCGCGAGCUGACUUAUGGAGAUCAUGUUCCUAUACAUGCGGACCGGCGUGGAGUAUACGAGCCCAAUUGGACGAGUUAUACCUAUCGCUCAACCCCACCAGAUUACAUGUUCGUUGUAUCUCCGCCACAACGCAAGGUCAUCGUCACUAAACUGGCAAAACCUCACCGAACGGAUGCGCUAUCCCCGGGCAUCCCGCUCAAAGGUGUUUGGGGAGCGAUCACAUCUCCCUCGGCGCGGAACUCUACUUGCCACCCCCGUUAUAGAUUUUAG